CCGAGAGCGCGCGCACCGGUACAGCGUCGCGCAAAAGUCGCCACAGGCGGGCGGUACAGUCCGCGUGGAAAGUUUUCCCCGCCUCCAGCGCGGCGCGCGUGACUCUACAGUCACCCGCGAAAGUUUCGCGUCGCUCCGGUGAAAUUUCGCGCGCGCUUAGCGGAUCGUUUUGAAUAUCGUGCGAACGCAGCGCGCGUCGCAACCCUUUCCCGUUUCCCCACGUUUAAAUCGUUGCAUGUAUACAGAUAUCUGUGAGAAUUUGGUAUUACAUUUGUCCGUGUUGCUUGAAAUCCGCAAAAAUGUUUACACUUAAAAAGAAAUAAGUAUAUAUAAUAUAUAAUAUUCGCGGGCGGGAAAGAGAAGAUUUUGAGUAGCGCAAGCAACACGAACAGCACACAGAGAAAAAGAAAAUAUAACAACUUAUAUAUGCAUUUUGCGAAAACACAAUCCAAGCACAAUUUACCCAAAUUCCAAAUUUAAAGUACAAGGCCGCAUAUCCGGGCGACGAGAACUGCGAUCUUGCGAUCGAAUCUCUGCUUCGAAAGCGGCACUCGAUAUUCUGCUACGAUAGAUCGGUACGAUCAAUUAAUUCCUUCACAACAUUGACAGGGAUAAGGUCCGCACGAUUAUUACUCGCAAGGAUAUUACUCGAGACACUGAGGCAACAUGGGUAACUCCGCUUUGAAGAGGCACUACGAGACCGCGGAAAAGACCGCCACCCUGAAGUUGUCGCAGUGCAAGCUGGACAAAUUCUCGCGGAAACUCUACGACCUGGCGCCGACGCUGCGCACCCUGGACCUGUCCGAGAACAAUUUCACGACACUGCCGAACGAGAUCGGCGAUUUCACGCUGCUUAAGCAGCUGAACUUCAGCCAUAACCGACUGACCGUUCUGCCCGGCACGCUGGGCGCGCUUGAGAAACUCGAGGGCCUAAACUGCGCCACGAAUCAGAUCAGAUCGAUCCCGUCGUCGCUGGCGAAUCUGAGACACUUGAAGCAGGCACCUGGACGUCCUGGAUCUGUCCAAGAAUCGGCUCACGAUCGUGCCGGACGCCGCCGCCGGCCUCCACGUGAUCGAGCUCAAUCUCAAUCAGAAUCAAAUCGCCACCAUCUCCGAAAAGCUGGCGGAUUGUCCGCGAUUGAAAACGCUGCGACUGGAGGAGAACUGUUUACAGCUGAGCUCGGUGCCCAUCAGACUCCUCAAGGACUCCAAGGUCUCGGUGUUGGCACUCGAAGGGAAUCUCUUUGAGAUGAAGCAGUUCGCGGAGCUGGACGGUUACGAUACGUACAUGGAACGCUACACG